CAAACAUAAACGACCGAAGAGGCGGCGCCACAGCGUAACUGAUCCGACCGACGUCAAGAACCAAAGAUUAAGAAACAUUAUCUUUUUACUACAAACUCCAACAUUAACUAAUUUUAACACUUGUGCCAAAUGUUCUGUCUUUAAUAGACGUCACCUCAUUUUAGUUUUCGGAAUAAAGUUAAUUAUUGUACUGGCUUCUUGCCAAGUUUUGGUUAACGACACGCUUGACCGGACCACGGGUUAACUUCAUCGGACCAUCCUAGUGAACCGUGAAUUCAGGCGAAAAGAUGGCGAAUACACUCACGUACGGAAGCUCCAUUGGUGCCUGCAGGGUUGCUUCUUCUGAGAGAGCACAGCUGGCUGAGGAACAUGAUAGCAAAGGAAACCAUGACCCGGAGAGACUUAUUCAGUGUCCUUUUGACAAGAACCACCAGAUCAGGUCUUGCCGCUUUCCGUACCACCUUAUAAAGUGCAAGAAGAAUCACCCAGAACUGGCCAGAGAGCUGAAGACUUGCCCCUUCAACGCUCGUCACCUGGUGCCCAAGCACGAGCUACCGCACCACACUGAGACAUGCGAAGACAGAGUUGUCGUGGACUCCGAGGAUGGUGGAAACUCAAAUGGACGAAAUAAAUGGCACGUUCCCGUCAGCACCUGGGUAAACCCAGACAUGUCUGAGGACUGGGAUAAAGAGGCUGAUGAUAAUGCUUCUGCAUUUGUGUGGGGUGAAACUAAGGCCUUGCAUGUAAGACAGGAGACGCGGCUUACUGACAAUCUUGGCCCAAGCUUUAGAGCCCCCAAUACUCUCCCAUGGUCAUGAUGUAUUUCAUUGAUUGUGCUCACGGUAUGCAGAUGCGUAGUUUAGCCCUGUUUAUUUCUAAAUAUUAGUAGUUCUUUUUUUUAAAGAAGUUCUUAACACAUAUUGAAGAUGCUUGCAUUUUUUCCAAAUACUUUACCUUGCAUGACCCUGUUUGGAAAUUGUAUUUCUCUUUUUAUUAAAGGUUGUUAGUUGGUUAAUAAAAUAAAUCAUCUUGUAAAUGUGCACUUCUUGACAAUGGGAGGAGUUUGGCUUUAACACUGCAAAUAGGAAUGGACAGUUGUCCAAAAAUACUUUUAUGAGGUUCUAAGCGAAGGGCGAUAAUCAUGGGUAAGACAUCCUGUUGUGGAGUCAAGUGACCAAGGAUUAAGUUGGUGUGUGUCGUACCAGUGGGGAAAACUUUUACAGCCAGCAUCUGUGACAACACUUGAUAGCACAGUGCAGUAUUUGGUUGUUAAAUAUGUUCUUGAUUAUGUUUCAUUAAAUUGUCUUGUAAUGCUGA